AUGGCUCUAAUGGGCUCAGGGGAGAAUGUCGAUUUGUCGACUGUACCUCUUUCAUUCCUUGAGGCAUACCCGUUCCCCGCUUUCGUCUUGGUUGUACCCAUCAACUCCAAAACACGACCCAAGUUGAUCUCUCGAGACACGGAUAUAACCAUCAGAAAUUAUCAUAAUGACCCGUAUGACGAUGUUUCCCCUCUCGGUGGACCUUCGCGUCAACCUUUCCCGUCUAACCCUGUCACAUGGGGGAACGAGAAGUGGUAUCAACUUACACAAGGUAGAUCGAUUGGAGAUUGCAUAGAUAUGAAUGCUCAGAAUAAAAUGCAACUUUGGAUCGAAGGUGAAGGCGGACCCUCGGAAGAAUUAUCACCUCAGAUAGGAAAAAGUGCUUCAAAAGGAGAAACAGGAUUAGAAGGUGGAUUUGUACUUGAUAUCAAGUGGCCCAAACCUUGUUCUUUGUUGUUAGCCAAAACGAGCUUACCGCUUUCACCUCCCUCAACGACACAUACAUUCUGCGUCAUCACCUCCCAAUACAUAUAUCCAACUUUCAUAUCUCCACAGACCACCUCCUCAUCACCUCAUCUGUCUUGGUCAAACGUUACCUCUCCUACGGAAAGACCAUCAAACCCGAGUUUGAGGUCAUCCAUUUCCACCCAUUUCAGAGAUUCUGUAGAACCAACAUUACAACAACAUAGGAUAUCCGAUGUCUCAGAAGCUAGAUCGUCUUCAUUCGCUUCUACUGCCGAUACGAGGUCCUCAACCACCUCUCAACAUCGCGAUUCGUCUUCAACAGGAUUCAGGACUUCCAUCGACGUCGGUCCAUCAGCUUCUCAGAUCGGUUCGCCCUCCACUACUCCCGGAUCCACUUCCAACGCGAAUCCCGCCUCGACAUAUUUCAGUAAUUCACUGUGGGGUACGACGACUACAUCGAGGGAGAAAGAAAGAGAUGACAAAGUCAGAUCUAGAUCAAGUAGGAGGAAACACUCCCCGCAUGGAACGAGAGUACCAGUCAUUUCGUCUUCUUCCACUAAAUUGAGACCGAACGAUAAUCAGAUAGAACAGUUUUGGCAAAUGGUAGAAGAUAUAGAUUGGUCCAAAAAAUCUAUGGGUGAUAGAUCAUUAUGGAAAGACGCGAUAGACCCUGUAUUGUCGAUCACAUUCGAAUCGAGAUCUUCAGAUUGUGUUUGGUUGGGACCGGACCUUCGAUUGAUAUAUAACAAAGGAUAUAGUCUCUUGGUGGAUCAUCCCAAAGCCUUUGGUUCUCCCGCGAGGGAGGUCUGGGCACCUAUUUGGCACACUAUCGAGCCCUAUGUCAAACAAUGUCUAGCAGGAACACCAGUGUACAAAGAUGACGAUCCGAUAUUUUGGAAAAGAUACGGAAAUAACAUUUUGCUGGAACACUAUCAUACCUGGAGAUAUGUCCCUAUCGUGGGUAAAGACGGUUCGAUCGUAGGUAUAUUCAACCAGUCUAUGGAAGUAACCGAGAAAGUCCUCCAAGAUAGACGAUUGGCCUCUUCAAGGGAUCUAUCAGAACGGAUGUUGAUUGUUAGAUCAAUGGACGAAUAUUUUGGUGCUAUCACAGAAGUCUUAGAAGAGUAUCCCAAAGACGCCCCCUUCUUCAUGUGUUAUAAGAUCCAACAGGUGGAGAACAACGCUUCUCACGUCCAAGUCGAUGCUAUCCUUGAAGCCUCCGUGGGAGUACCUGAAAAUCAUCCUUCGGCUCAACAGAAAUACUCAUUCACCUUACCGCCUACACGCACAAGAGCGAAUUUCGGGCCUAAUGUCGAUCGGAUGUCUUCGCCUACACUGUCGGCUAUCUCAGCCCUGUCAUCAGGUAGUGGAAGAGUCUGUCAUGUGACUUCGGACGGUCAUCAAUGGCCCAUCCUCAAGGCACUCAAUACACGUCAGUGCGUGAUUGUUGAUGAUUGUAGGGAACUCAUCGAAGGAUACUCGAUCAGACAAUGGGAUGAAUUGCCCUUCGCUGCUAUAGUCAUCCCUAUCUGUAGUGAUGGAUCAAUAGAUAUUCCCGAUGCGGUGAUAAUUAUGGGAUUGAACGUUAGAAGACCCUUUGACGCCGAGUACGACGGAUGGGUGCAUUCGAUCCGAUCUCAGCUUGUCCAGUCCAUGUCCGCUGUCAAAGCUGCGGAAUCGGAACAAAGGAUGGAGGAGGAUAACAUCAGGAUGGAAAGGGCCAAAGCGGCUUGGUUCAGAGGUGCUGCCCACGAUCUACGCAGUCCGCUGACACUCAUCGCUGGACCCCUCUCGGAUCUCUUAGAUGACAACCCAACGCCCAAACAGCGUCAAGCAAUCUCCACUGCUCAACGCAAUAUUGACCGACUCAUGCGACUUAUCAACGCCCUCAUGGACUUUUCCCGUCUCGAAGCCGGUCGUAUGGAAGGUAGAUUCUUGCCCACGGAUAUAGGCGAGUUCACCACUGAACUUGCCGGGCUAUUCAGACCAGCCGUAGAAAGAUUAGGAAUUCAAUAUACGAUCGAUGUCGAACCUCGUGAUCAGCUGACAUACGUCGAUCCGACCUUGUUCGAAACUGUCUUAUCCAACAUCAUUGGUAAUGCCCUCAAAUACACCGAGAAAGGAAGUAUCACCGUCCAAGUGAGGUAUACGGACUUCGCGGAAGUCUCGGUGAUAGAUACCGGUGUGGGUAUACCCGAAGAUGAAGUACCGUUGGUCACCGAAUGGUACCAUCGAGCCACCAAUGCCAUCCAUGCUGGUACUCAAGGGUCGGGAUUAGGGUUAGCUCUGGCUAAAGAACUAUUACGACUUCAUGAUGGCGAUCUAGUCGUCACGUCCAAAGUCGCUGCUUCACCUGGUGACACUCAUGGAUCAACAUUUACCGCUCGAAUCCCCUUAUCAUUCAAACCUUCUCCCCCUACUUCGUCCGCUUCGCCAGGUACGUUCGGUAAAUACGGCGCCGCAGUUGCGAACGAAGCGAUGCGCUGGACGAAAGAAGAUGCAGAAUCGUCAAGUGAAGGAGCUCCGACGGAUUCUGGUAUUGGAUCAGGAUCGAAGUUCUCUGAUGGGUUCUUAUUCGAUAAGACCGAUACUAUACUCUUAGUCGAGGAUAAUGUAGAUAUGAGAAGAUAUAUCAAACAGAUCUUCUCGCCAUUCUGUACGAUCAUCGAAGCGAACAAUGGUCAAGAAGCUCUUGAAAUAGCCAUUUCCAACCCACCCAACUUGAUCUUAUCGGAUAUGUUAAUGCCUAAGAUGAAUGGACUGGAUCUGCUUCAAGAAAUUCGAAAUCACCCAAAUACCAAGAUCGUACCUAUGGUCUUACUCUCUGCUAUUGCAGGGGACGAAUCUCGAGUAGAAGCUUUGAUGAUGGGAGCGGAAGACUAUCUGGCUAAACCAUUCAAACCUAAAGAAUUGGUUGCCAGAGUUCACCUACACCUACAAGUAGGCAAGAAACGUUCGCAUCUGGAAAAACUUUUUAAUGAGAGAGAAACUGAGAUCGCUGUCCUAUCGGAUUAUUGUCCUUCGGGAAUCAUGAGAGCGGACGGGACCAACGGGUUGAUCACAUAUGCCAAUAGGGCAUGGAGGGAACAGAGUGAUUUGUUAUUGGAUGAUGCGAAUAAAUGGCCAGAGUAUGUUGAUGAUGAGACCAGAGAGAGGUUACAGACGACUUGGGGUGACUACCUUAAAGGGUCGGAGAAAGAAUUGAGGGUGAAUUGGAAGUACAACACUGGGAAAGUGAUUUCUGGUAUAUUCAUCAAGUUGGAUAGAGUCAACCCAAAUAUGUCGGGUAUACUUGGGUGUACCACUGAUAUAACCCAUGAAGAACAACGACUCAUAGAAGCUGAACAGCGGAGACAAGAAGCAGAAGAAAGUAAACAUCAACAAGAAUUGCUCAUUGAUCUGACAAGUCAUGAGAUCAGAACGCCUGUCUCUGCGAUUCUACAAUGUUCGAGCUUGGUCAAGGAGAAUUUGAUCUCGUUGAAAGAUCAGUUGAGAGGCUCGGGAAGUAUCGGGUUUUGUCCGACGAAGGAGUUGUUAGAUGAUUUAGAGGAGGAUGUGGAAGCGUUAGAGAGCAUCUAUCAAUGCGGUCUAGUUCAAGAACGAAUCGCAGGCGAUGUUCUUUCCCUUGCCCGAAUCCAACUUGACAUGUUGAGCUUAUACGAUAUCGAAGUGGAUCUCAGGAAAGAAGCAAGAAAAGUAUCGUCUGUCUUUGCGAGUGAAGCCAAGACUAAGAAAAUCGAUCUGCAACUUCAAUUUGGAGAAACGCUGGAGAUGGGCAAAGUCAUGUCGAUCAAGACGGAUCCUGUCAGAUUAGGUCAGGUAGUCACGAACUUGAUUUCGAACGCUAUUAGGUUUACUUCUGUUAGUGACGUACGCAGAAUCACCGUCAAAUAUGAUAUAUCCUUCACGCCACCUGCCGAGGAUACUUGCGCUCUUCCACAUUCCAUCGGCAUCCCGUCUAACCUACCUGCGGAGGAGGAUACUCCGCUUUGGCUGUUUGUCAGCGUCACUGAUACAGGUCCAGGAAUGAGUCCUAAGGAAUUGGCCGUGUUGUUCAAGCGUUUUGCCCAGGGAAACAAGAUGAUCCACACCAAAUACGGGGGAAGUGGUUUAGGUUUGUUCAUCUGUCGAAAGAUCACUGAACUUCUUGGUGGGCGAAUCGAAGUUCUAAGUCAACUGGGUGAAGGAAGUGUCUUCCGAUUCUUCAUCAAAACACGAACGGUCACCCCUCCAUCAGCAUUAGCAGCAUACGUCGAAGCUGCUAACCUUGGCGCACUUCGUUCACCUGCAAACCCCACUUUCACCCCUUCGAGCCCUUCGCCAUCGAUCAUUUCUGGUGGAACUGGGUCGUCGAGUAUCCCUACCCCACCGCCACCGGAAGAUCAUUUCGCGGAACAUGUCUUGAUUGUAGAGGAUAACACUAUCAAUCAGACGGUAUUGAAAAGGCAGAUUGUCAAAGCUGGUUUGACAUGUGACGUCGCAAAUAAUGGUCAAGAAGCUCUCAACCUGAUUCGAGAAGCCUACAGACAAUCCAAACGAAGUAAUAAUGACAACUCCACCACUACUAAUACUAAACGUAAGAAACCAUAUGACGUGGUAUUGAUGGAUUUGGAAAUGCCUGUGAUGGACGGUCUCACAGCCAUCAAAGAACUGAGAAAAGCAGAAAAUGCAGGCAGUCUUAACAGAAACAUGGUGAUUGCCCUUACGGGAAAUGCCAGACAGGGUCAGAUCGAUCAGGCUUUAGCGGCUGGGAUGGAUGAUGUCGUCAUCAAACCAUACGUACUGAAAAAUCUGUUAACGAAAAUCAAGGCGAUGACAGUCAAGAGGGAGGAACUUGAGAGAGCUUCUAGAGAUGAUUGA